AAACGAAAGGCUUAGCGUUGCUCAUAGCAUAGGGAUACCACAUCAACUCUCUCUUUUUGUGGUUUUAUUGUCCCGAGGCGGAUAUUCAAUCGGGGCGAAUCGGAAGGCGGGGAGGCGUCGUAACAUCAACGGAGAGCAUGGUUGUGUAAGAUUGAGGUGCGUUCAUGAGAGGUCGAGCACUCCCGAAGAACAUCGGCAGGAUAAAAACGUGUUUGGGGUAUCGUGGGAGAGUUUACGAUGCGAUCCUGGGGUUGUCUCCUCGCCAUCAACUAACCUCGUGGGCACUAGUCGCGCACGGAUCUCUUGGAACGCCGUCCGCUUUCCUUUCGAGCUGUGAGAAGCUCUUUCCUCACCAACCCACCCUCUCUCCACUCACCAAUCCGUCUACCACAUAUCUCACAAUGCUGAAGAGUGGGAUCCAGCAGGCGCUCCGCGCUUCCAUGCGCAGGCCGGCCAUCCGCCGCAGCGCAUUUUCGCCCAUGAAGAAGAGCUUCGCCCCCGCGCUCUCCACCCGAUUCGCCAGCACCGACGCAACAAAGGAUGGCAAGAUUCAUCAGGUCAUUGGCGCCAUCGUAGAUGUCAAGUUCGACACCGAGCAGCUCCCUGCUAUUCUCAACGCCGUCACCACCCAGAACGGCGACCAGAAGCUGAUUCUCGAAGUUGCUCAACAUUUGGGUGAGAACGUCGUCAGAUGUAUUGCCAUGGAUGGUACCGAGGGUCUCGUCCGCGGUUCCAAGGCCACCGACACCGGUGCCCCCAUCAAGAUUCCCGUUGGUCACGGUACCCUUGGUCGUAUCAUGAACGUCACUGGUGACCCCAUUGACGAGCGUGGUCCCAUCAAGGCCACCAAGUACGCUCCCAUCCACGCCGACCCCCCGGAGUUCACCGAGCAAUCCACCUCCGCUGAGGUCCUCGUUACCGGUAUCAAGGUUGUCGACCUGUUGGCUCCUUACGCUCGUGGUGGAAAGAUUGGUCUCUUCGGAGGUGCUGGUGUCGGAAAGACUGUCUUCAUUCAGGAGCUGAUUAACAACAUCGCCAAGGCCCACGGUGGUUUCUCCGUCUUCACUGGUGUCGGUGAGCGUACCCGUGAGGGUAACGAUCUGUACCACGAGAUGCAGGAGACUUCCGUCAUUCAGCUUGACGGUGACUCCAAGGUCGCCCUCGUCUUCGGUCAGAUGAACGAGCCCCCGGGUGCCCGUGCCCGUGUCGCUCUUACUGGUCUUACUGUUGCUGAAUACUUCCGUGACGAAGAGGGACAGGAUGUGCUUCUCUUCAUCGACAACAUUUUCCGUUUCACCCAGGCCGGUUCCGAGGUGUCCGCUCUUCUUGGUCGUAUCCCCUCUGCCGUCGGUUACCAGCCCACCCUCGCCAUUGACAUGGGUGUCAUGCAGGAGCGUAUUACCACCACCACCAAGGGUUCCAUCACCUCCGUCCAGGCCGUCUACGUGCCCGCUGACGAUUUGACUGACCCUGCCCCCGCCACCACCUUCGCCCAUUUGGACGCCACCACUGUCUUGUCCCGUGGUAUCUCCGAGUUGGGUAUCUACCCCGCCGUCGACCCUCUUGACUCCAAGUCCCGUAUGUUGGACCCCCGUGUCAUUGGUCAGGACCACUACGACACCGCCACCCGCGUUCAGCAGAUUCUCCAGGAGUACAAGUCGCUCCAGGAUAUCAUUGCCAUUCUCGGUAUGGACGAGUUGUCGGAAGCUGACAAGCUUACCGUCGAGCGUGCCCGUAAGAUCCAGCGUUUCUUGAGCCAGCCUUUCGCUGUCGCCCAGGUCUUCACUGGUAUUGAGGGCAAGCUUGUCGACCUCAAGGACACCAUCCGAUCAUUCAAGGCUAUCUUGACUGGUGAGGGUGACGACCUUCCCGAGGGUGCUUUCUACAUGGUUGGUGACUUCGAGUCAGCACGCGCCAAGGGAGAGAAGAUUCUUGCUGAGCUCGAGAAGUCAUAGACGGACUUUGAUGGUGGGUGAAGAGUCGGCCAGAGUGUCUAGUGCAAUUCGCUGGUAGUCUCACUUUGUACAAAAGAUAUACCUCUGAAACUGUGGGACUUUUAAGCGGGUGCUUUGAUGCGUGGCUUCCUGUAACUUAUCGUGCAUGAAGAGACC